CGAGGUACUAAUUGGUAGUGGGAUCAAAUGGAAUAACACUACAAAACCAUUUGAUAACCCUGGAAACAUAGUCGGUGUGACAACAGAUGGCCUUGUAGUGAGAGCCCUAUCUGCAAUAAAUUCCUGCCGAAUAACAUGUUUUAAAAGAAAGAAACAUUAUGUAUGGCACACUAGACGUAAGUCUGAAAAUACAAACUGGUUACUGAAAAAUGACUGGGAAAAGUUGUUGACUAAAGGGAAUAACAUAACAAUGCUAGUUAACCAGACUUUAUACUUAAACUUAAACAAGAACUUGAACAGUAGUAUUAACAUGACUGGCCUGAUGCUGAAUGACAUUAAAACGUAACUUAAACACCAUAUUCUAAGUGCUAC